AUGUCAUUACCCUUAUGCUCUAAAACCUCCCGUAAUUUCCUUCUUUAUCUAUUCCUGGUCAGUCUUUUAAUGUUGGGCUACACUGAAGGUGUCCCAUUGAUUAAUAAUGAUAAGCCAGCAAUGAUCAAGUAUCAUGAAGAGAUAUUCGUAUCCCAUGAAAUGCCAAAAGAUGAAUAUAAUAAUCAAUUUGAUCGCAUAAAUUUACUUUCACUUGAGUCAGAACAAGAGCUUGAAGAAAUAGAUUGGUCUGAAUUGGUUUAA